UGCUGUGUGUCAGAAAUUUCUUUCCCCUCUGCAGCAGGCUUUCUCAUCCCUCUGUGUAGGGGCACUAGAAGGACGAUUAUUUCGCAAGCGGUGAUGCUUCACUGCUGAAUUCUAGCUUUCUAAUUAGGCCUGUGGGUUUUUGUUACUCCCUGCUUCUGCAAAAUAAGUUGAACAGGCAAAAUGGACUUCUCCAAACUCCCCAAAAUCCGUGAUGAGGACAGAGAGGCUUUUGUUGGCUAUGUUUAUGGAGUCUCAGGACCUGUGGUCACAGCCUGCAACAUGGCAGGUGCUGCCAUGUAUGAGCUGGUACGAGUAGGACACAGUGAACUGGUGGGGGAGAUUAUCCGGCUGGAAGGUGACCUGGCAACAGUCCAGGUGUAUGAAGAAACGUCUGGUGUCUCUGUAGGAGAUCCUGUGCUCCGUACUGGGAAGCCCCUAUCAGUGGAACUGGGGCCUGGCAUUAUGGGAGCUAUUUUUGAUGGUAUCCAGAGACCUCUCUCAGACAUCAGCACUCUGACCAAAAGUAUCUAUAUCCCCAGAGGUGUCAACGUGUCAGCAUUGAGCCGAGAUAUCAAAUGGGACUUCACACCUUCCAAAAAUCUGCGGGUUGGCAGCCACAUCACUGGUGGAGAUAUUUAUGGUGUGGUAAAUGAAAACUCCCUGAUCAAACACAAAAUCAUGCUGCCCCCACGGAAUAGGGGUACAGUUACAUACAUUGCUCCUCCAGGAAACUAUGACACUUCAGAUGUUGUGCUAGAGCUGGAGUUUGAAGGUGUGAAGGAGAAGUUCACUAUGGUGCAGGUGUGGCCUGUACGUCAAGUCCGCCCUGUCACCGAGAAGUUACCAGCCAAUCAUCCUUUAUUAACUGGCCAACGAGUCCUGGAUGCCCUCUUCCCGUGUGUACAAGGGGGUACAACAGCGAUUCCUGGGGCAUUUGGUUGUGGAAAGACUGUGAUCUCACAGUCUCUUUCAAAGUACUCCAACAGUGAUGUCAUCAUUUAUGUAGGCUGUGGAGAACGAGGAAAUGAAAUGUCUGAAGUACUGAGAGAUUUCCCUGAGUUAACAAUGGAAGUUGAUGGCAAGGUAGAAAGCAUCAUGAAGAGAACAGCUCUGGUAGCAAAUACUUCCAACAUGCCUGUGGCUGCCAGAGAAGCCUCCAUCUAUACUGGAAUCACCCUGUCCGAGUAUUUCCGGGAUAUGGGCUACCAUGUCAGUAUGAUGGCAGACUCUACUUCCCGAUGGGCUGAGGCCCUCAGGGAGAUCUCAGGGCGACUGGCUGAAAUGCCGGCUGACAGUGGUUAUCCAGCCUACCUCGGUGCCCGUCUGGCCUCUUUCUAUGAGCGAGCCGGGAGAGUGAAGUGUCUGGGAAAUCCUGAGAGGGAAGGCAGCGUCAGCAUUGUUGGAGCUGUCUCUCCCCCAGGUGGUGACUUCUCUGAUCCUGUUACAUCUGCUACCCUGGGCAUUGUUCAGGUUUUUUGGGGCCUGGAUAAGAAGCUGGCACAGCGCAAGCACUUCCCGUCUGUGAACUGGCUGAUCAGCUACAGCAAAUACACACGAGCCCUGGACGAGUACUAUGACAAACAUUUCACAGAAUUUGUCCCUCUCAGGACAAAGGCCAAAGAGAUCCUACAGGAGGAAGAGGACCUUGCAGAGAUUGUGCAGCUUGUGGGGAAGGCUUCCUUGGCAGAAACAGAUAAAAUUACCUUGGAGGUUGCCAAGCUGAUAAAAGAUGACUUCUUGCAGCAGAAUGGUUACACGCCUUACGACAGGUUCUGCCCUUUCUAUAAAACAGUGGGAAUGCUUUCCAACAUGAUUGCAUUUUAUGAUAUGGCACGCCGUGCUGUAGAAACCACAGCUCAGAGUGACAAUAAGAUCACGUGGUCCAUCAUCCGAGAGAACAUGAGUGAAAUCCUCUACAGACUUACCUCCAUGAAGUUCAAGGUAUGUUUGUAAGGAAGUGGGUUGUCCUGCUUCCUGUG